AUGUUGUCUGCCCUGUCGCCCUCCUCAAUAUCCAACGCAGCAAACAACAACCACCCAAGCGUCGAUGCACCAUCGAUAAAACCUUCUUCCGCGAUGAUAGACCACGCCAACAGCAACAGCAACAGUAACAGUAACAACAACAGCAACAACCCAAACAGCAGUAACAGUCCUUAUAACGAAUCCAGUGGAAUGGUCAGAGGAUCUCCUGGCAGGGAUUAUUCGACCGAGUCAUCAUCGUCAACUAUCGCCGGCGUUCAUCCGUUGUCCACGUCCAGCUCAUCCUCGCCGUCCUCUUCAUCACGACCCUUUCCUCAACAACUACAGCAGCAACAGCGUCGCUCUCAGACACCGACCAUGGCUUCGACACCGACCUUCCAGCACCAACAGCUUGUCAAAAUCAAAUCUGAGCACGGACUGACAACCCCUCACCCACAGCAACAUCAACAUCAUCACCAGCAACAGCAGAUGAACGCACCCGACAUAGUCAUGACUAAUGAGGAUGGAGAUGAGGAUGAUGGUGUGGCAGGAAGAGACUCGGAACGGCCUACAACCAGCCCCAUGCUCCCCAACGCAGAGACCAUGGACGAAGACGAGGAUGGAGACCAUGGACACGUACCUCACCACCAUCAUCACCAUCAUUCACAGCAGCAGGAAAAGACCCCUCUCAUGGUCGACACCUCUUCGGGUGCCAUUCACUCUCACACAAACGGUCCUCGCGGCGCUCAAAUGGCAAUGGCUUCGCCCAACAUGACUGCUACGCCCUCGACUGCGACUUUGACUCCGGACAGUAGCGUGACCAACUCUUCUUCCCGUCGACCUUCGCUGAGGACCAUGACGGCGACUCUCCCUCGGUCUGCGCUUCAGGAGGAGACGAUUGCCCUGUUCAAGCAGUACCGUAACCUUAUUCCUUGUGCCAAAUGCUUCUCUCGCAACACCAUCCAGCGAGACGGCAUGUCUGACGGCAAUCUGAGAUUCAAGUGCAGACCCCCAGUCUCGAUGAGCCUCAUCUGCAACAAGUCCUACAGCGAGUCCAAGAUCCGCAAUAUGAUUGCCGGCGUCGUUUAUGGUCAUAGCCUGCCUGAAUCCGGCACUCCUUCAUCUGCCACCUCGUCUGAGAACGUCCUUGCCCUGGCACUCCCUCCCAACAUGACCAAGUCUGGCUCUGGUCGUCGACCCUCUCAAAAGUACGCCGAUGCGAACAUGACCCCGGACCUCCAGCAGUCGCACACUUUCCAGGAUGAUCAUCACAGCCACCACAACCACCACCAGGAUCACAAGGGAGACGAGCGUGAGCUGUACCAGGAGCAUGGUCGUCCACAGCAAGGAGGAGGGUAUGAGGAGGCGGGAGAUGAACGUGGUGGUCGUCCUGGUAGUCGACGCCCCUCAUCGGCCAUGGCGACUCACCCACGUCGCCCCUCGCUGAUCGGUCAAGAGUCGCCCAUGAUGGAUUACGAAGAGUCGACGAUGAUGGGACCUCCCUCUGGACACCUCCAGGUUCCCAACACUCCACCAAUGGAGGGCGAAGAUCCAAGACUAUAUCGUCCUCAUUCCGCGCAGGGCCAUCGUCCCUUUACCCCUGUGAAUGUUCAUCCAACCGCAGCUUCGUCUUCAAACUCGUCCAACCUAGGUCCUCGUCAAGGCGCCCCGAAGCUCCACCACUCGCACUCGCACCCCAAUAUUGGUCAACAGCGACACCAGCAGUACCUUGACCAGCAGCGUCAUAUCCAGCAACAGCAACAGCAACCCCGCCAGGUUGUUCGCAUUGAGCCAGCGCAGCCUCACCAUGGCCAUGGAUCGGAGUUUUCGCGCUCUGAAAUGGCGGAGCGCCGAUUCUCUCACCCUGCAGCUCUACAGCGUUCUCCUUCUAGCAAGUACCUCCCUGUUGCCCCCAACAACACAGCUUUGUCCCCAGCUCUGUCGCCUUCGUCGCAGGUUUCGCCUCGCUAUGAGUCUGGCCAAGCACCAGCGUCGUUGGCUGGACCCGGCGGUCGGUAUGAAGAGACCCAUAGUCAAGGAUCGUACUACCCGCGAAGAAUGAGCCAGCCUCACCCAAGCAUCCAGCGCCCGUAUGGACAGCUCCCUCCUCCUCCCGUCGGUUCUUCUCACAGAUACGACCGACGCGCCAGUGAGGUUGACGAGUAUAACUACCAGCACCUCCGACAGUACGAGCGAUUGAACGCCAGCACUAUGCGAGGAGGACAUCCACUCAAGUCCAAGAUCUCGCCAAAGCAGUGCUCCCCACCUCGCUCGUCUGACAGCCCUCUGUCCGCCCAGCAGCGUGAUGGUCCUGUCCAUGCUAUAUCUUCCUCUGCUGCGUACGCUGUCAAGCCUGGGUACCCACCAUCGUCUUCGCCAUUGAUGAACUCUAACGUUCAGGGUCUUCGCACACCCCAGGCGGAGCCCAUGCGGUUUUCACACUCGAUGUCCUCAAUUGAAGCGCCCGGUUCUGCUACCUCUGGCGCUGCCUCUGCUGGAGCGAAUGGAAGUCGCCAUGCGUACCAGACUCCCCGCCAACAGGCUUCGUCCUCGUCGGUGUACUACCACCAACCCUCCUCUCGUGACGAUUUGGAGAUUCGUGACUCCUACGCCCAUGAUGAUUCCCGCGGCGACCAAUCCCCUGAAGACGCCGAUGGUCGCCUCUAUGCUAGGAUGCGCCAAGGAUUCAGAAAGCCAGGUAUGGGUCCAUCGAUCCGUCGCUUGGGUUCAAGCCCCAACCUCUACACCGUCGGGAGUAUGAUCGCUCCAAUUUCAUCUCCCUCAGCCAAGGACUUGAACUCUGCCCUCCCCCGCAACGCCAUCAAGCUGACUUGCUUCCCCAGCGCCGUGACCGCUUCUAAGGAUUCUCCUGUUGACGGCCAAGCACCUGGCGUAUCCUCAGUUGAUGACGAUCUUGACAUGAAGAUGAGCCAAAGCUCCAAGGUCGUCAUUGAGAUCACUCAGCCCCGGUCGACCUUUGAUCGCUCCUCCUCCUCGUCAUCGUUGUCUGGAUUCGAUGAUGUCCCUCGCCCUCUGUUUCUUUCAGCCUCCUCGGAACAUCCUCGCCGUGCGCUUCGUCAUGCCAUCUCGCAGCCCAACCUCCUUAUCCGGAACUCGUCCUCGGUCCUGGAACGUCGCCGAAGAUCGGUGUCUCCCUCUAGCAGCGACCGUGGUGGUAUCGACGGUAACAGUGGCGAGGAUGGGUUUGGAUCCUCCAAGAAGCGUCGUGCUGAUUCCUUGUCCCAAGACGAGGACGUCAUCACCUCCACCCCAUCCUCUUCUUCUGUCGCCGAGGCCGCAGCCGCAGCCGUGGUUGCUGCCGCUGCGAACGCCGCCCGCCAGAUCAAUGGCCAGGACUACUCCAAGAAAGACGUAAUUGGACUCGGAGUCGUCAUGGACGGCGAUACCGUCACCAGCACCAGCGGCUGCAACUCUCCCAUGAUCGACGCCUUGGAUGUCGCCAAAGCCUCGUCUUAUGUCUCGUUGGAGGACCAGAAGGAGCUGGGUAUUGACUACUCGCUGUUCACAAGAGUCGAGACGGCAGCAUGGAGGAUCUUGAUCCCUCCCAAUGUCACAGCCUCGUUCCGGUCGGAGGAUUUCGGUCUGACACUCAAGCCCAAGGCGAUCUCUGAGGCAGCCGCUUCGGCUUCUAUGGCGUCUCCUACGUCUGCUGUUGCUGGAGGGUGCGCAGAGAUCACGCCUUUGGUCGCUCCUAUGGCUGCCAUCUCGACCAGUGAGACUGAAGAUGAAUCGGCAGAGGAAGUGCAGGUCGAGAGUGUUGAACAUGAGAAUGCGGCGGUGGAGGGCGAUGAAGGCAUGGAUGUGGUUAUGGAGGCCGAUGGAGAGGAGGAAUCGAUGAUGACAACAACUGCAACGACGACCACUCUGACGACGGAAACAUGCGGUGAUGCUGUUGCUGCUGUCUCCGUGGAUUCGCGAGAGGAGAUGAUGGCCGAAGACGAUUAA